UACAAAUUAAAUUUUUAUAAAUUCAAAAACAUGUUCACUUGAGCAAAUAAUUCAACAGAUUAAGAGUGAUGACGGAGAGAAAAGAAGAAAAAUUUGAGGAGACUUGCGAUCAGCUCAAAGAUCAGCAGGAUCAGAGAAUUUUCGCCAGGAAACAAAUGACCAGGUUGUCAUUUGAGCAAAAAAACGAGUCGGCUCUUUUGGAGGCGCUCAGAUUUGACAAGGAAAACUGUGAGAGGCAACUCACUGCUGCCAAAGCUAGAGUUGAACGGUUGGAAGAAAAAAUUCAAGAGUUGGAGCAAAAUGGGGUCCAACUGAAAGAGAGCAUCAUUGGUUUUGAGACGAGUAAAAUGAAAGAAGAGCUCGUUUUGCAAAGAGCAGAGCGCGAGAAGGAGAGCGCACGGCACGAGCUGCGGCAGGUCAGGGAGCAGUUGGUGACCUUCAGGGAACGAGCCCUGACCGCCGAGCAGGAGCAAAAAACCCUUCAGGACGAAAUUGCAGACUUAAAGCAGCAAAAAGAGAAACUCGGCUCCGAUUUGGAAAAGAUCAAUGAGAGUCAGACCGUUUUGCAAAAGAAACUGAAAGCCAAGGAAGAAGAAAUUCGGGAGUUGCGAGCGCAAAUCAAAGAGUUGGAGAAGGAAUUCAAAAAGGCGAAUGUGCACUACGAUCAGAAGGUGGAGGAAAUCCGGCUGCUGAAACUGCAGGUGCAGAACCUGACCAACGAAAACCGGCUGAUCACGCAGGACCUUACGGCUAGGGACGACACAAGGGUGCAGGUUUUCAGGCUGCAACGCGACCUGACGGAGGAGCAGCUCAAGCGAAGGGCGCUCGAGGAGGAACUGGCGCAGCCCAGGAACAUCCACAGGUGGCGCUACCUUCAGGGUGAGGAUCCUGAACGGUUCGAGCUGAUACAAAAACUGGCCCUGGUCCAGAAAAGGCUGAUUUGGACCAUGUCAAGCAAAAGUGGCAAAAAUAACGAUAAGUCUGUAGAGGAAGGUCGCCGCGCUGCACUCCACAGUGCUCCGCCUGCUACCUUCAGCGCGGCGGAAAUGCUAUACCAACUGAGACAAAGCCAAAAGCAAAUUAAAUGUUUGGUUGCCGAAAAGAUGAUGUACCAGUCACAGGUGGGCGAUCUGCGACAGCAGGUGCAUCAGUUGGGACUGCAGCUGCAGGAGAGCAAGAGGAAACUUUUUGCACAGAAAAGAAAACUGAGGAAAAGCAGAAGUGCGAAAUUGGAGGAGCCUACCUUAGUUCCUGUGCAGCCUAAGGUUCGGUUUACCGGUGGCGGUUUCAAUCUCGAUGUGACUCCGCAGGACUCUCGCUUGACAGAUUAAAAGACACGCGCGU